CGGGUGUAGGUAAGUAAGUAAAAAGCAAAUAAGUAUGAGGGAGUUUAACAUCCUUAGAGAUUCCGUUCUAGGUAGGUAGAUGGAAUUUGUACUUUCGAGACAUAGAUUUUUGCCCGUUGCAAAGGAGAAAAGAAGAAAUGAUCCUUUUAAAAACAAGUAAAUUUUACACAAAAGAGAAAAGUUUCAAUGCUUGAUUUUAAAUUUUUUGAAGCUUCUUUCAUGAAAAGUUAAAAGUUUUCUCAUUAAUUAUCAUCUCUAUAAUCAUAUUAAACAUUGUUAUCAUUAUUUUCUUUGAAAAACUUUGUAAACAUGGAUGCAUCAAUUUUUUCUCUCGCAAUAUAAAGCAUCUUAAAAGAUUUUUAGCAAAACAUAUUCAGGAAAAUAUCAGCCUUGCUAUUGGCCUUAUCUUGUUCUUAUUAUUUAGCCAUUCUUAGCCUUAUUCUUAAAAAACGUCUUAAGCAAUACACGAUUUCCUUUUUUAUAAGGAACAUCCCAGAAGUGACACCAGGCCGACCUUCAAAAAACGAAGAGCAAAGGAAAAAGACCAGAACUUAGAAGAAUAUCAGUGGUUCGGGUACGAUGUUUCAGACAAAUGUGGUUAAAAAAGUUAAAUUAUUUGGCGUAACAGCCUAAGUAACCAAUAACUCAUAUCCUUCACCUUCCCAAGUAAACAAAAACCAACAAGUUAACAAUAGUUGAGUUAAAUCAACAAGCAACUUAAACAACAUCGAUCCUGAGCUAGAACUUUGUGCUCCUUAUGAAAGAAAUGUGUACGAAAGGACUAUGUAUUGGAAAUUUAAUUAUUUAUGUUACGAAUUGUCUCGUUUAACCGACUCGUUUAUUAUUAUAAAAAACGUAAUAUGAUAUGAGAUUAAAAGAGAUCUUGUGUCCAGAAUGAAAGCUUUUAAACUAAAGUGAAAGUUACAGGAUCAUUACAAAAGCUUGGUUGCAGAAUAUUACUGACAGAGAAGUUUAUAUUUACUUUUAUUUGCUCAAUCAGACUUCAGUUUUGUCUUGUGAUAAAGUCAGUUUAGCUAUGGUUAUAAUUAAUCUUAAAGAAGAAGAAAGCAAGAGAAGGAAAAAACAACGUCUGUAGUUAUAUAAGACAUUAAAAUUAAUUUUUAAAUUUUUUGACAACAAUUCAAUGAACGAUAUCGAUUCACUUUCAGAGGAAAAAUCUCCUUCAAAAUAGCCACCACCGCGUUAGAUCGGCUAACAAGCAUGCCGCCAUCGCUUUAACUUCAGGUCGUGCACAUCAAAAAACGGGUCAUAAUGCCUACGGAGGGUUAUACUAAAAUUAAUGUACCGUAAAUGAUCGAAUAACCCCCAGGGGGGCUUAUUAGUCAAUGGGUUUUUAGGAAAGGGACUUAUUCGGGAUGGGGCAAUAUUCGGGAAUGGGGUCCUAGUCGAAUUUUGAACGGCUUUUUUAGUUUUUGUGUUAUGUUUUUGAUAAUGUAUUUAUUUUUCGAAUAAACUUGACCAUAACUAUCCUCUUUAAAUAAUAAAUGAAAUUCAAUAGAAUAUUAUAAUAUCCUAAAAUAAAAUAAAUCGAACCCCAGUGUUUUCAGUAUUUUCGCGACAAGUUCGAAAAAGUCAUGCUGAUGUUCCAUACUGUGGUUCCAUAUCUUACUCGAUAAGGGAUACCAAAUUAAUAAAAUUUGUAAACGUUUGAUUCAUCAAAAAUUUCUCUUAAUAAAUGAUAAAAAAACAUAACCUAUAAAAAAACUAUUGAUGCAAAAAACAAAACAUUUCUUAAAGUUUGGUUUUAAUUGGUGUACCAGCUUGACUCCGCAAACAAACUUUUCAAUUUUGCACUCCAAAAUAGACAAUUAAGAAGUGAACAACAUUGAGCCUUGAUCAAAGGUUUUGCGUUGCUUAGGAAAAAAACCUGUAUUCCUAUAUUCAUAUAUAGAAAAGUGUGUAUUAAAGAGUUUCUUAAUUAUUUAUAAUUAUAAAUUUUCCAAUUAACCAACUGUUAUAAGGGAUUAACAAAGAUUUUAAAAUAUUUUGUUAUCAAUACAAAGUGAAAGUUGUACAUCUAAAUUGGCACUCGCUAAAGCAUUAGAAAUGUUUGUUUUCAAGAUAUUACCGACGGAAAAAUUUAUAUUUACUACUUAACAUGGGUAUUGAAGGGCUGGCAGCGUUUGUUUAUAAAGGUAGGAAUCGCUUUUUGGAAACAGUCACCCUUAAAGACGGAUCCAGCUUGGUAUUCGAUGGUAACAACUACUUCAACCAAUCAAACGUUCCAAAGAGGUUUGGUGGUGAUUACGCUUCACUGUAUGCACACUAUGAGCAUGACUUUAAGUGUUUGCAACGAACAGGAGUUACCUCAUAUGUUAUCUUAGACGGUCAACGUGUUGUAAACACAAUAAAGAAUCAACUAACACAAGAGGGAAGACAAGGGUUUAUAAGCAAUAUUAAAUAUUUAGAUCAUGAUACAAAAGAUCGAAACAAGUAUCCAAAACCUAUAUUUCUUAGAAGUGUAUUUCUACAAGUACUUCAAGAUAUGAGAAUCCCACACGCUGUCAGUGACAAUGAGGCUGAUACAGCUGUGGCCAGCGUUGCGAAGAAAUUGGGUUGCCCUGUUGUCAGUGAUGAUAGUGAUUUCUUGAUGCUUAAUCUUGAUCAUGGUGUUAUACGCGUGUCAGAUUUGAAGCAGUCAUUAUUAAAGGAAAACACCAAAUGCAAUGUUUACUAUUUUACCAAUAUGGUGCGCUAUUUAAACAUCGAUCCCAUCUUAACUCCUUUCGUUUCUGUCAUUUUGGGCAAUGAUUACAGCAAAGAGGAUAACCUACACUUGGAGAUUCAAAAUAGCAUUAGAGCCGAGGAUGUGAAAACUAUCAAUAAAAAAUUGAAAUGCAUAACAUCUUACUUACGGGGCAGAACUAAGAACUUUCUUAUGAGUGAUAUAAGCAGAACAAUCAACAUUAAGCAGGAUACUAUUCAGUCGUGGUGCAAUAGAUAUGAUCUUGAGCUCUUUAGAGAGGAAGCUGAAGUGUUAUACCCUUUGCUGUUUGACACAUCAACACCUCAAGAAAAAAUCCAACUAUUGUGCACAACCAGUAAAAGUCAAAUGAAGCAACUUGUGAAGGGUUUGUGUCAAUAUGGUCUUGUUUGUGCAAGCAUUGCUAAUUUGUAUUUUUGGGAUAUUCACUUCAAUGCAGUGCAAUGUGAAAGUGUAAAUCAGGAGUCAAGUUGCCAAGCAUCGAAAAGGCUGCGAAAUUACAUGUACGCCUUGCUGAAAUAUGAACGUCUGUGUGAAACGGAACGAGUCGUUAUCACUGAAUACAGAAGAAAUGGUGAACACUACAGUAAAUCAACAAAGGAAGUAAAAAAAGUGGAUUGGUCCGACAUCCCUAUUGAUGUACUUUUCUUACAGUGUCACAGAGAAGGGGAAAAGAACCCUGGCGCUGAAAAGAAAAAAGAAAUAAUCCUUCAACUAGUUCAAUAUCCACAUGAAAAUCUUAAAGACGUUCCGCAAGAGCAUGAGCUCUUUAUGUUAUCACUGCAUUACGUCAUUCUUCAACAGCAAGAACGACGAAGAAAUAACAUCACAUGGCUUCAUGUCAAAGCCUUGCUUAUUUGCUACCUAAGUUCCUACUACUCAACAGCAGCCGCUGACAUUCGAGUAGAAAGCAGUGACUUAAUGGUGGAUAUUGAUGCAUCGCAUGCAUUUGCUGAAUGUCAAUCGUGUUUGUAUUAUUUGGAUAUAAUAAACACAUUGUUUUUCCGUCCUUUUCAGUCGCUUGACUAUUCAGCCGUGUUUAAUGGUUGCUUUGUACAUACUAUAUUCAAGAAUCUGAAAGAAGGCUUCAUCGAUAAAGAUUUGGUAACGGAUGGAAGUAAAAAGUUGUACGAAAAGCUGGAAAAUUUUCUUCCUCGUGAUUUAUUGGAACGAUAGAUCUUUUACGAUAUUCUGCUUGGCAGAUGAUCAGUUUUGUUAACAAUUUUUAUUUAACGCGUAAAGGGGAUUUUUAAUAAUUAUUGCCUAUAAGUUGGUUUUGCAUGUGUCCAAGUUUCUGAGUUCCAGGGUAUAGGGUGCUUAAUUUGAACAAAGUCAAAACCAUGGUAAACUUUUGUUUUAACUUUACAAGUUGUUCAGUCUAAUUAAGUUCUUACAAAGUUUAAAAGAGCAAUGAAGGAGUCUUAAUUUGAUAACAGCAACAACGUCCAGUAAAAAAAGGCAACAGUAAACCAAAGUAAACCAAAACAUUGUUUUUGAAAUAUGUGCAAAUUCCUAGACCACUUUUUAAAAAAAACUAAAUUCUUUUAGCUUUAGUAUUUCUUCGUGUUACAAACCAUCAGUCUCAAAGCCAAUAAUUUUCCAAUUAGAACAAUUCGUAAGUACUAUAAUUAACGAGUAAGAAUUGACUUUAAUAGUUUCGCGAUAAAAAGGAAACGCGAUAUUUAGGACAUCAACCGUCGCGAGAAACUAGUUUUUUUGCAAAUUUUAAGGGAAAACUGUCAUGGGCGAAUUCUUUUUCAUUUUUUCGUGAGCAAAUUUUCGCGAUUAACCCUGUUCAUGCCAGUGUGUUAUAAGGGUGUGGGUGAAAUUUUCGGUUUUCGAAGAUCUAUUGUUUAAAUAUAUUCAAAAGUAUUAAUUUGAUACUUUUGAUACUUGAAUUUGAAUUUUCGCCAUACUUCACUUAUUAAUUGAGCCGCCGCAAAAAGAUCGACAAAUUUUGGUACGCCUUUUUAAUGAUUUGUUGCGUUUAUUUGGCGAAUUUUUAAUUACAACGAUAACAAAAAAAAAUUUCACAGCACCCCGAACUCACAAAAACUUAUAUAAAGAGUUAUAAAUGGGCGUAUCUGUAGGAAAUUAUUAACACCCUGGUGCGUAAAUGGGUGUUUAAGUACACAUUACGUAAAUGUUCAUGCCGUCAUUUUUUGCAAAAUUUUCUAUAUAAAAAGUUUUAAAAAGCCUUGUGGUACCAUUUUUUUUUCAUCUAUAAAAAUUUUUCAAUGGUGUUCUCAUAGCGCCAUGACUUCCUGAACAGUUUAAAAACGUUGUCUGACUCAACACUUUGGAUCAUCUUAGGUAAGAAUCAAUUGAGGUAACUGACAGUUCAAAAAAUAGUUUUUUCGUACCCUCCUAAAGAAAGAAAUAUUUAAAUUUGAACUAUGGUAUAGAUUUGUCACAUACAAAUACAUACAAUUUUUAUGAAUAGUAUUAAAAGAAACAAAAUAAAAAUACAAACAAUAAAUAAAGAAUAAACAAAAAAAUAAACGAAGAAAAAUUUAGAAAAAUAUAUCCAACUCCAAAUUUAUAUUAGGCUAAAUAAUUUAUUUAUGUAUUCUGUUAUUAUCUAUUCAUCCCACUACAGACAAAUAACUCCCACGAUGUCUAGUUUCUUUUAUAUACAAGAUAAAAGAAACUAGAUAUACGUAAAGCUGCAUUCCAUAAAGACGUUCUUAGGCACAGCUCCAAGCGUUCUGGACAUGCGCAAUAGAA